AAGUAGGAUAUUUUAUCUGAAUCUGGCAACAUUACAUUGGUAUCUAUCGCUAUCUGCCAGUGCCAAAUUGCCAAUGCCAUUCUGCUUGUCCGAGUGCCUGCCUGCUUUGAGUGUUGGUUCUCUUUCGUCUCGGUAUCUGUUCUAACAAAAUUUAAUUUGUAAUAAUGGCAAAUAUAGCAGCUAAACGUAUAAAACGAGAAUUCAAGGAGGUCAUGAAAAGUGAAGAGGUGGCAGGCGGUAGCAUUAAAUUGGAGCUGAUUAACGACAGCUGGACGGAGCUUCAAGGCGAGAUUGCUGGCCCACCGGACACACCAUACGAAGGAGGCACGUUCUUACUUGAAAUCAAGGUGCCAGAGACAUACCCAUUCAAUCCGCCGAAGAUUCGCUUUAUGACAAAGAUCUGGCACCCUAACGUGUCCUCGGUAACUGGCGCUAUUUGCUUAGACAUACUUAAAGAUCAAUGGGCGGCUGCCCUGACGCUGCGCACAGUGCUGCUCUCCAUCCAGGCCCUCCUGUCAGCUGCAGAGCCAAACGACCCCCAAGAUGCUGUGGUGGCUAAGCAAUACCGUGAGGACAUACGGCUGUUUAAUCUGACUGCUAGUCACUGGACCAAUGUAUAUGCUGGGGGGCCUACUGUCAUCUGGGAGUUCAAUCAGAAGGUUCAAGUAUUAAUAGAGAUGGGUAUCGAUGAAGAUCAAGCUAGGGUAGCGCUUUCUACGUUUGAAUGGGAAAUUGAGAGGGCCACAGAACAUCUCUUUAGUUAAGUAUUUUAUAGUUGACAACCAGUGAGCCAAUAAUGCUGGCUAUAUUGUAAUUUGAUUAAAACACAGAGUUACAAUUAUUGUUAUUCUCAGAUGAAUUUCCUGUGCUAAUUCAAAUAAUUAUGUAAUCAAUAAACCACCUGGACAUAAUUCAUUGUGUAAUCAAAUUUAGGAUGAUAAUUUAUGUCGUUACUAUCAUUGUUGAUCUUAAUGUUGUCAGUGGUCACCACAAUGUGAAAUCUAUCUAUUAAACAUUCUUACGUUUUCAUAUUACAUGAAACUCUUUAAAUAGAAAAUGCUAGGAAACUGGCAUUAGCAUAUAGGAUACUUUCAUCAAUUUGUAGUUUAGGGAUUUCUUUAUAUACCAUGUAUGCUUCACAAUGAUGCAAGUUCACAAGUUUGAUUUGAUGAAAAUCUUUUGUCAUUUUGACAGAACAACUUCUUGUUGCUGAGUAGUGGGUACCGUACGUGUUUACUUCCUGAGCUUAUUGUUCAAAACUUUGAUAUAUAUUUUAUUAAGAAAUCAAAUUAUAUAUAUAUUUAUUUUCAAUAAACAUUAUUUAUAAAAUAAACCAGUUGAUAUCAGGUUUUUCUGAAAAGAAACGAAAUCAGAGAUCAACCUCUUUCCAAAUCCAGAUAAUGACCCAUUGAUUCUCUUUUUAACCGACGUUAAAUUACUUUAUGUUAUACUAUUUUGUAUUUUCAUAUACCUAGUUUUCAUUUGUAUGAAAUUUAGACUCGAUUAUGAAUGAUAGUUUUAUUUUGUCUUGGUGUUUGUUUGAUUCUGCCAAUUCUGCCGUUUUCUCGAAAAUAUUAAACGUAAUGUCAUUAGUUUAGGACCUAGAUAAUAAAGAUUCAAUUUGUCAUUAAUAUGGAUUCAUGUACUCCAUUACAUUAUAUAGAUGAAGUUAUAGAGAACCUUAAGACCCCGGUAAGGUUCGAUGUUGUGUAUUUUAUCUAAAUGUUGUGGACUUAUUGUUAUUGCAAACCAAAAUUUUAUACUAUCCAUUUAACUACGAAUUUUUGUUGCAUAUUUUAAAAUUGAGUACUUUAAUAUCCCUGUACGUGUAUAUUUAUUUAUUUUUACUGUUACAUUUAGCCGUCGUUUAAAAAUGGAGAAAGUUCUUUUUAUAAAUUAUUUUCCAAUUAACAAAAUAUAUUACGUGAAGAAACAAAACAGUUUACAUUCUUUUCAAAUUAUUUCCAAUGCCGUCCUCUUAAUUAUAAAUUUGAAGAAUCGUUGUACCUAUAAACAUAAUCAUUUGAUGAUGUGUGCCACUGAAAUGUGUGUUAGUUGACGGAUAUUCAUUUUGAAUGAAAAUCAAAUCGACGCGGUGUACCUUACAUUUCAUACUUAUGUAUAAUUACGCUAUGCAAGGAUGACUAGCAAUGCAAUGUGUUAUAACACCGUUCAAUUAAUUUAGGUAGUUAUUCAAUUCCACAAAAAAUAAUAUUAACCAUUGAUUGUUUUCAAAUUACCCUGUAAUCUGGGGAUGAUGACAAAGGCAAAGAUCAAAAUAUAUUCCGCUAUUUAUUGAAUAGUUCGAUGGCAUAAGACAAAAUGACGAAAUUUUGAUAAAUUAAAAUUAAUAAUUGAUUUUGAUAUCGUUAUUUGGUACCAUCGACAAAUUUAUAUUAUGACCCACACCCACACAUUCCCGUAUAAAACAUACCUACAUUUGUAAGGUAACGCGCUUUGAUUUGUCAUUACACCGAGAAUUAUUUGUUGCAAAUCUAAAUGCCAAAACCAUUUUUAUUAUUAUGAACCUGUACACAAGAGUGCAGUUUAUGAGUUAAACGAAAUAUAAAUACAAACUAGGUACUUAAUUAUUUUUUGUGGUCUUUCGAAAUUAUUAAAAAUAUGUAAGCGUCAAUAAGAGUACAAUCGAAGGAGGCAAAUCGUUUUAAUUUUAAGAAGUGGGUCAAAAUUCUAAUUUGUCUAUAGUACUUACAUAUUUGUAUAGAAGUAGGUAGCUAUAUCGUCAUGGUAUAUAAAAUAAUGUGUCCAAUGUUUUUAUCUUUAAGUAUAUCGAAAGUUUUAGUCAUCACCCUUAUUACGGCAUGUCGGUUUAAUUAACUAAGAUACAAGGAGCUACAUAUUUAUAGUCGGCGUUAAUCAUUUAGGCAUAAUUGGGUCAUCCAAAUAGAUGCAACUCAAAAGUCAACUCAACACUCAAAUAGAUGCAAAUCAGUCAUCAAUUCAUGGAACCCUAUACUUAAAUAAAAUUCUUAAUAGAAGGGUUCAGUAAAAGCGGUUAAAUACCCAAGUAAGUACAGUCAACUGCUAAUUGUACCUAAGCAUUCGAAAUGUUCGAAUACAGUAAGAAAAUGUUAUCUUAUCUGUAUUUUGCAUACUACAUAUAUUAUGUAUAAAUGCUUAUUUGGAUAUGGCUAAGUGAGGAAUUCCACAUUGGGCACCCGUUUAAAUGACACCGAUGAUGUUCCAUAUUGGUCACCCAUAUGUAUUUAUUGGGUAUUUUUCGUGGGUGCCAUUUGUGGAAUAAUUUUUAAUUAUAUAUUUUAUUCCACAUAUGGCACCUGCGCAUAAAUAGAUAAUGGUAGAUACUUAAUGUCAAACUCCAACUUGCUUAUGAUACCCUACUUCAAAACACACACUGCUCAUUGCUAUAGGUUUCACUUGAUGAAUGAUGAUAGGUAAGUUUAUAUUAAAAACUCUACGGGUCAUGUUCAAUAUUAUUUAACGUGCUGAGAAACGUAAACUUCCCAACACUAGUAUCUACUUAUGCGCAGGUGCCAUAUUGGAAUAAAAUAUAAAAUUAAAAAUUAUUCCACACAUGGCACCCACGAAAAAUACCCAAUAAAUACCUACGGGUGUCCAGUAUGGAACAUCAUCGGUGCCAUUUAAACGGGUGCCCAAUGUGGAAUACCUCGGCUAAGUGCCCUGAGAGCCAAUAAUCAUUCGACGCUUACUGUAUAAAGCCCUGCAUAAAAUGCAUACGUAAAACAGGGAAUUUGAAUCUCACCUUGUCUAGCUAUGUAUAGACAUUUGUGUUAAAUGACGAUUUUAAUUUUACAAAGACGACUAUGAUCAAUGCAUAUCUCUUGUUAAAUGCAACAAAAAUGAUUUAUAAAUAUACCCUAUCUUCCUAACAUUCACUUUGAAAAUAUGAAAUAUUUCUUCGUAGUUUUUACAUCUAGGUAGUUUUGUAUAGACAGCUAGGAGGAUUGAAGCCUGUGCGUAAGGAAUUAAAAACAACAAUACAUGUAAGAAAAUUUCAUGUGAA